AUGGGUAAGAUUGAACUGGUAGAGAAAAUUGUAGUUGUUCCUGAGCAACCUACACCACGCAAGAGAAUGUUCUUGUCAAAUAUUGAUCUGUCCCUUGUUGUUUACCAAGAUUCUGCCUCCUUUUUUGACCCUCCAACUACCCAAAUGAGUUUCAGUGAGAUUUGUAACAAAUUAUACAGUGCACUUGGUAAAAUGCUUGUGCAGUAUGAUUUUAUGGCUGGCAGACUAGUGCCAAGUUUGGAAGAGACUAACAGAUUUGAAAUUGACUGCAAUGGUGCUGGCAUUGUGGUUGCAGCUGCAAGAACUGACAGAAAAUUGAGUGAAUUUGGUGUGAUUUCUGCACCUAAUCCACAGUUGAGGGAAUUAGUUCUUUUUUUACAUGAAGGGUGUGACCAAGAAACUGAUCUGAAAGAAAAACCCCUUGCAUCCUUACAGCUGACUCAGUUUGGUUGUGGAAGUUUGGCACUUGCUUCUCACUACAAUCACUGCACUUUGGACGGUUUUGCAAUAAGAGAUUUUGAGGUAAACUUAGGGGCAUUAACACGUGGUGAGGAUCUCAUCACAGUACCUAAUGCAGAUAGAACACUGCUGAGAGCAAGAAAUCCUCCAAUUGUAAGCCAUCCACAUUUUGAGUACUCAAAAUCUACUGUGACACACAACUUGUUUACUCUCCGAGGCAAAAGUGGUACCAAUGUCAUGCAGUCCCUGCCAGAAAACCAGAUUCAAGUGCUUCAUUUGUCGCCACAAAGCAUUGCUAGCUUCAAAAAGAAAGCCCUGGAGGAGGACAAAACCUUAAAGAACACAACCACUUUUCAGGUUGUUGCUGCCAAAAUAUGGAAGGCAAGAAGCAUUGCAACAAGGAUGUCGGAGGAAAAAGUGUCCACAAUGCUGUUUCCAGUGGAUGUGAGGAAAAGGGUUGUUCCUGAACUCCCAGAUGGGUUUGCAGGGAAUGCAUUGGUCCCUGGUUUUGCAAGAGCAACUGUGAGGGAGCUGAAGGAGCUAGAAGAUUCAAGUCACAUAAGGAAGUUUCUCCUUGGUGGCAUGGUGGAGAUUGGGGUUAGAGGAACAGCUUUUUGCAUGGGGUAG